AUGGCUGCCACACUGAGCGGGACUUAUACUUCCGCUCCUGACACUCCAUCUCCUGUGUUCCCAGAUCGUUUGAUCCGUCCCCUACCGAAGCGUCCCAUCCGUGCACGUCUAUCCCCUGAGGCUGCUGAAUCUAUACUUUACCCGCCUGCCCCGCCUGUCACCCAAGUUUUCUACGGUUCUUAUUCUGGGAAUGGCGAUGUUGUUAAUAAUGCCAAGGUUUACGUGCAACAGACAAAUUACGGACGCGAGCAUAGUCCUGAAGGCGACCACCACCAUCUGUAUGAUGAGAGCGUAGACAGCGGUGAUGAAGACGGCCCCGUGGUUGUCCGUCGAAGUGGCGGGUUCCAUAGAUCGUCCUUGUCCCCCAUGGGCGAAACCGGCCAGAAAUACGUCAAACAUCUGGAGGACACGCCAACCAAAACGCCUUCGGCUGGGCCUGAUGGCUACGAUGCUUUUGAGAACACAAACAAUAAAAAGAAAAGGAAGAUACCCACGUCCGGUAACCCUGGAAACCAUUCGAAUUUAUCUGCAGAUAUGAUUACCCGGGGCAUUUCGACGAACAGUGGCAAUUCGUCCUCUAUAGAUGACGGGAGCGGAACUGGCUCGUAUUACGGAACCGGGAAUCCCGCUUCACCGGCGGUGAACGGUAUAUCGGGAUCCGGAAGAGGGCGUUAUGGCCGGAAUGCUAGCCGUACGGUCAGCGGAAGGACCCCUCUCGCUGUUCAUAACCCGAAUUCUUGGCUCGGAGGCCGAUCUGGAAUUGGACGCAAGGAGGUAGCAACUUCUAUGGGCCAAGAAUCAAUUGCCAAUGCCGCGGCUCUUUCAGCGUCAACACCGCAGGGACAAGAUAACACGAGCUUGUUAGACCAGACAAGAAAGCCCUCUCCAACAAAAACACAAUUCACCUUUACCUGCGAAUCCGACUCAUCGAAAGGCAUGGCGUGGCAAACCCAGAACUCCUAUUCUAUCCAACAACAUCAUCGGGCAGGUAACCAACCACUUUCUUCAAUGGCCCCGGGUCAAAGGGGUUUUUCGACACAGGGGACGCAGACGAGCCCGAAUUUAGCGUCCCAGACAAAUCACCAAGGCCAGGUGCAGGCUCAGCACCCGUCACAAAACACAGGCCAAAACGCCACCUCGGGCAAGAAAACACGACGGUCCCCGGGAAGCAUCUAUGCCUUGGCCGCUCGUCAACGUCGGUUACGACAACAGUAUGCGAAUCUCCACCACCCGCCGAACAUCGACGAGAUUUGGAUAUGCGAGUUCUGCGAAUAUGAAAGUAUAUUCGGCCGGCCACCAGAGGCGCUGAUCAGGCACGGAAAAGAGGAGACUGCUUGA